AGGAUGUCACAGACUCUGGGAAAUCCCACGUGUCUUUUCAUGCUACACCUACAGUUGUGAGAAAGCACAUUUCAGACAGUAGGGAAAACCCACCGCUCACCACAACAACACAUUGUAAAUUGUCUGGGCCACUGGGGCAUAAAUUAAAGGGAACUGGAGUGGUGGAGCGAUUAGAAGGGAAGAGGAAGGGGGCGGAGACAGCAUCUGUGACUAUAAAUGAUGAGCUCUCUCUGAGACUGAGCAAGAGCUGCAGCAAAGACACUCACUGUGGAUUGGCUUGGCCUGAGAGUAAGCAGAGGAUAUUGGCUAGCGUAAAGAUGGGGUCUGAAGAUUGCUCCCUAACAGACAACAGCUCCGUGGAGAGAGGACGACAAAAUAAUGGGGCCAGCCUUCACUUUGCAACACAUCAUGAAGGGUCCCUUCAAGUUCCUAUCCCAUGUGCUGUACUGAAUGUGGUCAUCAUCACCAUUUUGAUCAUAGCUCUCAUAACUUUAUCAGUGGGCCAGUACAAUUGUCCAGCGCCAUAUAUGUUUUCGCAACCAUCAAACAGCCAUGCUUCUUCAUGCUCAGAUGAUUGGAUUGGAUACCAGAGGAAAUGCUACUUUAUUUCCAAUAUAACAAGGAAUUGGACCUUGGCCCAAAACUCUUGCUUCAAACACGGUGCUACCCUUGCUCUCAUUGAUUCUGAAAAAGACAUGAUCUUUUUAAAAAGAUAUGUGGGUAGAACUGAACACUGGAUUGGGCUGAAAAAUGAUGCUGGUCAGACAUGGAAAUGGUCAAAUGGCAAGGAAUUUAACAACCGGUUCAACCUCACAGGGUCAGAGAGCUGUGCAUUUCUGAACAGCACCGCGGUCAGCAGCACAGAAUGCGGAAGGCAUUUACGUUGGAUAUGCAGCAAACCCUUCAAACAAAUAACCGGCACGGCCAGACCAGCAGCCCGAGACAGCCAGCUUCCAGCAAACAGCUCUCCACUGAUGCAGCGCAGACGAACUGUGUGUGUUUUUUCUGUAGGUUAUGAUUCCUCUUCCAACAUUACUGUAAAGUCACAAGAACAUCUAAAAAGAAAUAAAAUGAAACUUACUACCACUAAAAUCAUCACCAUCAUCACCUUCUUUCUGACUAUUCUAAUAGCUACAUUGACCACAAUUUUAACAGAAAAACACAAAUCUUUCACUGAACACAAAUCAUGCCUGGAUGGCUGGAUUGGAUACCUAGGAAAGUGCUUCUAUUUUUCUGAAAACACAACCACCUGGGCGGCAAGCCAGAACUUCUGUGUCUCCCAUGCAGCAACUCUUGCUGUGUUCAACACCACACAAGAACUGGAGUUCCUGAAGCGAUAUUCUGACCAUUCUCAAUAUUGGAUUGGACUGAGCCGAAAACCAAGACAGACCUGGAAGUGGGUAGAUAGAACCACCUACAGUGAUUGGUUUAAGGUCAUCGGAUCUGGAGAAUGUGCCUAUCUACACAAAACUGGGAUUAGUAGUUCCAGUAGCCAUUUGGUUAGGAAAUGGAUUUGCAGCAAACCGGACACAUGUAUUCUAAGAAGUUAAGAUACCCAAAAUCUUUUACAUAAAACAUAACUUUUAUUCUUUUUAUAAGAAAUAUGUUAUAUUAAUAUGAAAGUACAUGAAAUUCAUGUUUAGAAAUUUUUAUUGAUGUUUCACACUAAAUCUUUAAAAUAAUUUGUUAUAAAUUUACUAGAUUCUUGGCAUACAAGAAGUAUACACCUCACCAUAUAUAAAAGUUUAAAUUUUAUAGAAUAAAAUUUCUGAUUAUAAUACAUUAAAAUAUGAAUGAACAAUUUAAGUAAUUUUUAAAGAUGUAAUCAUAUAAAUUCAGACUAACGUCAUUUAAAAUUACUUGUUUUAUAAAAAAGACUAUGACAUUUUUUCAGUCUCCCUACUUUUAUUAUCAAUAACCAUUGAUUGGUUUUAUUUUAGUUUUGCAAUAUUUGCAUUACUUUAUGAGAUUCACUCAUGAAUUCAGUGUAAUUCAAACACAAUAACAGAGUUUAAAUUUGUUGAUUUAUUAGAUUAAAAAAUCUCUUUCACACACCAACCUCACAGAAAAAAAAUAAAUAAAUAAAGCAAUAAGAUUUCACAUUCAGACCAUCAUGUGAGAGUCCUUCAAGAUUAUGAGUAAACAGUCUUGAACUAGCUGUGUUCUAUUUAUGAAUGCCAAGAACCUAUUGCAUAAUGGGCAAACGAAUAAUAAACAUUGGGUGGGCAGAUGGGUGGGGGACUGGGUUUAAAUUUUUUCUGUUUGAGAAAACAAAUUAGAUUCUGCAUCAGACUGAUACUUUUUGGGGGAUAUUGUCUUGGUGUUUACUCAACAUUACCAAUGUCUCUUUGUAAAACAAUCCUUUUCUGAAAGUUGUUGUGAAAUCUGUGAUCUGCGUCCUAUGGAUGCUUUAUGUUUCUUCAUUGAUAAAGUUUGAAUAAUUGUAACAGAAUACAUAUUGAAGAUGGGACUAGUAAGAAUUUGGGAACUUAGUAAAGUUUCUUAUCUUUUGUUUUAGA